AUGAACAGCACCAACAUUUCCGUAAACGCCAGUGCCACAUUGGGUGCCCGUCAUACGACUGGCCUGGGCCUUAUUCCCGUCCACCUUCUCAUCUCCGCUUUCAUCUGCACGGUCAACAUCCUGACAAUAAGCAUUUUCCUUCGAUCUCCGUCACUGCGGACCACCAUCCCCAACCUGUAUCUCGUCUCCCUGGCGCUCACCGACCUGCUCACUGGGAUGUACAUCCCGUGCAUCUCUAUCCCUCUGCUGUUUGCUUCCACCACCACCUUCUGCUUCUUGUCAUUCGCAGCUUUCAUCCUUCUCUCCUGCCAGUCUUUCUUGACCAUCACCCUCAUCGGCGUCGACAGAUUCAUCUACAUAAUCUACCCAUUCAAGUACGACAAUGUGGUCUCCCCUUGGAGGGCCAAGGCGACGAUUGUGACGUCGUGGCUCGCGUCUACAGCGGUGGCCAUAACAGCCUACCCUACCUCCCAGUGGAGAGGCCUGUGUCAACAGGUGAACACCAUGUCCCCGAAAUACCUCAAUGGGAUUCUGAUUCUCUUCAUUUCGUUGACGGUUAUCGUCGGAGUCUUGUACGCUGUGAUAACUAGAGCGGCUCUGCAUCAGAGGAACAUGAUACGCGUGGUUACCCUUUCAAGGGAAAACUGCGCCAGACAACCCUGCUUCAAAUACAUCAGACUCUUCCUUCUGGUGUACUGUCUGUUUGUCAUGUUCUGGCUUCCCGUGUUCCUUGUCUUUUUGAUCAAAUACGUCACGGGGUAUCACUCGCUGGUCAGCCAAAGGAUUGCAAUCACGAUGGCGUUCCUGAAUUCUGGCUCAAAUUUCUUCGUGUACGUUUGGAAAAACAAAGACUUUCGAAGGGCCCUACAAAGAAUGUGUGCUUGCAAACGUGAACAUUUUGAUAGUCCGGGUACUCGUUCAACCAACCUCGAACAAGUGGCCGAAUCUUUAAGUCAUAGCUUACAGGACGCAGAACAAGAAAAGCAGCAGAAUCAGCGGCAACUACAACAAUUACAAAUACUGGAACAACAGUCGCAUAUUGCAGGGGUGGGGAGCGGAUGUUAG